UGUAACGUCUCUAGAAAAUAAUAAAAUAGAUCUAGUCUCUAUUCUUGUAUAUUGUUUAACAUCGUUUAGUAUAGAACGAUUAAGUAAUCGCUACUUGAUAAAAUGUCUCAGGCCUAUAUUCACGCCUGCGAAAGGGCGGAAUUGUUAGGAUUGCCGAUACCGAACGAAGAAGAAUGGAAAGAAACGCAGAAAAUAGAGGAACAAAAUAAUGCCCAAGACGAUGAAGAUGAAGCAGUGAUGCAAAAUUUGGAUUCUGCACAUGAAGCUGCACAACGAAUUGGUGGUGGAUUAGAUGAACUGAACAGUAUUCUUAUUUCUACACAGAAAAAGAUUAACAGAUUCAAGACUGUUUGUGGCAGUUUGGGUACUCUACUGAAAGUAAAAGGGGAAUCAAAAAACAGUACACCAGAUCAUAAACUCACUGAACGAAAUCAUAAUGAGGCAAGAGACGUUGAUCCUGAAACAUCCACAAAUGAAGACAACUUGACAUUAGAAUUAUCCAAUGAUAAGAAACAGAUGGAAAACACAGAACCUAGCACAACAAUGCAAAAAAAAAUUGAUCUCAAUAAAAAGAUGGGUUCCCAUUUGGAUAAAUUAGAUUCUCUCAUUACCAAAGCAGAAGAUGCACAGUAUAGUAUGCAAUAUCAAACAAAACAAAUUAAAAGAUUCUUAAAGUAAUUCUUGACAUACAAAAGUAGUAAUCCAUUCUAAUA